CUGUUGCCGCUCAUCAUGUGCGCCAUAGAGAAGCACCCCCUGGAAGCUGCUCGGAAGGCGCAGGUGCAGUGGCUGUUCAACCUGCUGAAGAAGCCUGAUGAGGAGCAGAGGAGCGCCGUGGUGGCGGCGUGCUUGGAGCUCAAGGAGAGAGUCGGGGAGAGGCGGACCGAGACAGAGAUACUCAGCCAGUGCUGGGAUGAGAUGAACCACAAGAACGAGGAGAAGCGGCUGCUGGUGGUGCAGCUGUGCCGCGAGAUGGCCCCCCUCAUGCCGCGCAGGGUGCAGGACGCGGUGCUGCUGCCCAUGCUGCUGCAGCUCGUGACAGACAGCGCUGCUGCAGUGAGAGAGGCCGUUGCUCUCAACCUCGCCCCUCUGCUGCCGCUCUUUGAGGACACUGCCGUGCUGCCCAAGGUGGAGGAGGCCAUGUUCCAGCUGGUGUGUGACACGGACGGGGGGGUGGUGGAGGAGACGCUCAAGACCCUGCUGCCUGCCUUUGUGGCCUGGGCUAAAUCCCGCCGCCACCCUUCGGGCAGGUGCUGCGAGCUGUGAUGCAUCGACUCAUGGCGCAGAUAC